CCCUCAUUCUUAAAUAAUACCCAAGGUCGUUUUGGUCGACCCCCAUUGAAAAUCUGUGAAGUUUUCCUUUAAGUAGCUGUAGUGGAUGUGAGAGGGCCAGGAGGGCAGAUAUCUGUGCGCAGAAGCAGCAGGAGUGUGUAAUGAUGGACAAUAUAUUUGCAGAAAACAUUCAUUUUUAAUAAAACCAGCAGUUAAACUAAGAGACACUAUAGAUCAAUAAAUCUAUCCUGGAUGUUAGUCUGCUCUGGGCCUGUCUGUGUUCAGAGACUUAAUCUCCAUCGUAACUGAAAUUGGUUUAAUUUAACCUGCUUUUGUUCGAAAUAAAUCAUCACGAUAACAAACGUGACACAGGCCCAGCAUGGAUUCUGUUUUUCUAUUCAAAGUCACAUUUAAAUAUUUAUUAUUUACACUAUUAGAGACCCACAGGUUACAGUAUCUGCAUCUUAUGUCUUAAGUACUAAGUCUGCAUCUGCAACAAGCAAAAGUAAUUAGUAAAACAGAGGAGUAACACAUUUUUUAUCACUUUCACUAUCUUAAUAGCAGUGUUUAACUCGACCAUUUACUCAGCUCCAGGCUAUUUUUCCCAUGCAGUCUGAAGCAACGGCCCCUUCCACUUUGUUGAAACUUGUCAAAUGAGGCUAUGACUCAGACAAAAGCCAAUACAUAAGCUCGCCAGGUGCAUAGACCGAGCUGAGUGUGUUCCUUUUAUGCACUGCGAUGCACCCAACAUGAUAGACUGACGUUUGUCAACUGGAUGCACGAGUAGGACAAGAUUCGGUUUGCACAAACAAUCAAAGAGCUGACAUUGGAUGGAUAAUCUAGCUACUGUCAAGACAGGUGCUCCAGGAGGAGGAAGUAGCAAAGCUGAGUUUUCUGUGAGCACGGGUGGAAGAGUCGCGUCAGCUAGUUCUGGUGGCAAGAGCAGCUCGGUUCUGAUCACGUCCAGCAGCUCCCAUGCCACAAGCUCCGGCGGCUCAGGAGCAGGCAAAGCCAAAGCAGGCGCCAGCAUCACUGCUGUAGGAGCUUCGUCCGCCGUGGCCUCCAUUGCACAGGGUUCAGCCACCGCCGUGGGCUCCGGGGCAGCUGGAGCAGGGCCUGCCACAUCUUCUAGUCUCAUGAGCGCUGGCAGAGAAAAAGGAAAAGGUUCUGUCACCAUUUCCGCAUUGACCAAGACCAGUUAUAGUUCAGCAGGAUCGUCCUCCACAGUCACUUACUCACCUGCUCUAAAGGAGCGCAAAAGCCUGAGCUCCAUGGCGACUACUCACACAGAAGUCUUUGAGGAGAAUUCAAGCACUAAUUCUUCUCCAGAUUACAACAGGAAGGAGUACGGCAUCUCAAGUGCAACGUCAAGUCCUGCCACCAGAGGGAGGAGUCAGAGCAGAGAGAGUGAGAUCAGAACCAGGCUGCAAAGUGCUUCUCCUACAGCAUGCUGGACAGAGCUGGACGAUGUGAAGCGUCUGCUGAGGGGGAACCACUCCACCAGCACCAGCCCUCCUCAGUCCCCGAACAACACGCUGCCCAUCCCCAAGAAGCCCAGUGUGGAGGCCAGAACCAUGUCCGACAGCUCCAGCACAGAAUACAACGGCAGCAUGUGGACUGCAGGCGUGAGCAGCAGUUACGGUUAUAGUAGCAACCACAACAACCUGUCAGCUCCCUCCGCUCUGUACCAGUCAGGAGUUCAGAACAACCAGGCGCUCAGAUCUCCCUCUGCCAACGGUGGCCUGUCUGCAGGCAGCACAAUUCCAAUGUACGGCGUUCAGAACAACCUGUCCACCACCAGCUCCGGUGUCCUGUCUGCUCUGGGAGCCAACACGCAAAUGGGAUAUGGUAUCCACAAAAAUGUGUCUGGCACUGCAAUAAGCACCAGCACAGUGAGACCAGGCAGUCCCAUCAAUGAUGAGGCCUCUGGCAAAGACUUCAAGUAUGUGCUGAUAGAGAAGGAGAAUGUUCCUCUGAAGAAGGAGACAGAGAGACUAAUCAUGGCUAAAGACACAGGGAAGCAGUUCAUGUCUGCUGCUCCUGCUACUGUCUCUGCUACUUACUCUGAGGACUCACUCAAAAGAGAGAAACAGAAGCUGUCAUCCAGCACAGUGGAGGAAGGAACCGAUACUAAAUAUUCAUCCCUAAAAGCUUCGACCAAGGAUAAAGCCACAUACGCAGAGAUCCGUAAAGAUAAAUCCAGUUUUAGCUUCUGCUCCUGCUGCAGCUGGUGGAAGUGGCUCCUGUGUCUCCUGCUCUGUCUGCUACUGCUCCUUGGACUCCUCUUUGGACUCAUUGCAUUGGGAGAAGAAGUGAGGCACCUGAAGAAACGUGUGGAUGAUUUAGAAUUCACCUCAACAAGGUCCAGCCGCCUGUCUGCCUCCCCAGGCAUGAACAUAAUUGAUCCGCUGGAGUCGACAUACAUUGAGAGGAGUUCAUCUCGUUCUGCCCUUACCCGCUCGGAUAACUCCAUUAACAUGGGGCCUGCGGGAGCCGGAGGAGGUACAGGGAGCGGAGUGCCUCAGGAUGGUGGCUCCUUGGAAAGAACCAUUCAGCAGCUGAUCAGAGCUGAACUCCGCUCAGACAGUGUGAGAGAAACAUUUUCUUACUCACUAAAAGGGGAGAGAGGAGAGCCAGGACCUAAAGGUGAUCCUGGGUCACUGGGACAAAAAGGUGACAGUGGCUUCCCUGGUCUGCCUGGUCCUCCCGGGCAAAUGGGUCAUCCAGGAUUGGAUGGACCAAGGGGACCAAAAGGAACAGCAGGUGAACUAGGUCCUGAGGGACCACAGGGUCAAAGAGGGCGGGAUGGACAGAUGGGCCCUCGAGGAGAGCCUGGAGCGCCUGGUUUUGGAGAAAAGGGAGACAAAGGCUCUCAAGGUGAGCCAGGACGUCCUGGACCUGCUGGUAUUACUGGACCUGCAGGGUCUAAAGGUGCCAUGGGAGAGCACGGUGCCCCAGGAAAUCCUGGUGCUCCUGGUUCACAGGGUUUCCAGGGUGAAGCAGGUGCUCCGGGAGCAAAAGGUGAAAGAGGAACACCAGGACCUCAAGGAACCAAAGGGGAUCAAGGAGAGAGGGGACCACGUGGACUGGCAGGUGAAGUAGGACCUUUUGGACCACAAGGCCCUGCAGGAGCAAAGGGAUCUAAAGGAAAUGCAGGUGACACUGGUUCAGUGGGACUUCCUGGAGCGAGAGGACCCCCUGGACUUCCUGGUGAUGUUGGCCUUCCAGGCUCACCUGGGCCUCAGGGACCCCCAGGUAUUGCUGGAAAUCCAGGCCAGCCUGGUGGUAAAGGUGAACCAGGAUCACCUGGUAAAGUCAUUGGUCCAAUUGGCUCUGAUACUGUUGCCAUACCCGGACCUCCAGGGCCAGCUGGGCCUCCAGGUCCUUCUGGACUUCCUGGUUUGUCUGGCCCUGUUGGUCCUGCUGGAGUCCCAGGACAACCUGGUUCUAAGGGUGAAAGAGGGGAGAAAGGAGAGAAAGGAGACAAGGGAGAGCCGGGCAAGCCUGGAGAGCCUGGUACAAGCCCAGAAACUGCUACUGAUACACUAAGAAUUCCAGGACCUCCAGGGCCUCCUGGACCACCUGGUCCUCAGGGGCCUUCUGGUGAGACUAAACAAGGACCUCCAGGACGCAGAGGUCCCCCAGGAGAGCCAGGUGUUGGUUUACCAGGAGAGCCUGGAGAGAAAGGAGAGCCUGGCAGUUUUGUGCCUACAUCAGAAACUUUCUUUGCCGGACCACCCGGACCUCCUGGACCUCCAGGCCCUCAAGGUGAUCGUGGACCCCAGGGAUUCCCAGGUGAACCAGGUCAACCCGGUCUUCCAGGAAGUCCAGGGGAACCAGGUGUUGGUUUCCCAGGACAGAUUGGACCGGAGGGCCCACCAGGACCACCAGGACCCAGAGGUGAUCCAGGAGACCCAGGAGCCUCUAAUGGUGGUUUGUUCAGUCCAGGUCCCCCAGGCCCACCAGGGCCCCCUGGUCCACCUGGAACAACUGACGUGGGACAGUACAUUGCAGAUUAUCUCCAGAGUGAUGGGGUCAGGGACUAUUUGGCUGGACCCCCUGGCCCUCCUGGCCCUCCAGGGUCUGCAGAUGAUGGGGUAGUGGAUGAUGUGGCCAACCGAGUCAUCGCUUACAUUCAGAGAGACGAUGUGAGAAGAUAUGUUGCUGGUCCUCCAGGCCCACCAGGACCUCCUGGCACCCCAGGCAUUGGCAGCUACAUAUUAAAUACCCAUGAGGUGGCUGAGCAUGUCCUUGGCCUCAUUAAUGAGAGAGGGGGAGCAGGUGUCCCAGGACCUCCUGGGCCUCCUGGUGCACCUGGACUUCCUGGAAAUGUGUUAUCAACUCCAUAUCAAACACUUGUGGGGCCUCAGGGACCUCCUGGUCUGCCAGGACUCCCUGGACCCCCUGGACCCCCUGGGCCACCAGGAUUUGCAAAUUACAUCAGUGCAGACAUUCGUGACUACCUGCAAAGUGCUACCUUCAGAGGUCCUCCUGGUCCACCCGGUCCUCCUGGACCUGAAGGUCCCCCUGGUCCAAUUCGUGGAAUGAUUUCAUAUGCUGAGCAUGCCAACAGGGAGCCUCUUAAAGCAGAGCUACAGGAAUAUGUCAGGACUCAUGGUGUGCUGCAUGACAUGGUGAAGGACUACAACAAUACAGUUUUGCGUGGACGUCCAGGACGACCUGGCCCUCCAGGACGUCCAGGACGUGACCGAUGGUUGGGCUCUCAUGGAAAUGCCACAGAUCUGCUGGAAUACAUCAAAUCACGUGGCAUUGGAGUACCACCGGGCCUAUCAGGUCUGCAAGGGGCAAAAGGAGAGCAAGGUGAAAGAGGCAUUCAAGGACCUGAAAGACAAAAAAGGAGAAAACCCAGUGAUAACUAAAAGAAGAAAGUGGAAUGCUGGCGUUUGAACGCCAAGCAGCUAAACAAAUGGACCUCAAUGAAACUGUGCUGCGUGUGGAUUUUGUCUGUUUCUCUUCAUAAAUUUGUAAAAGUAUUUUUAUAUUCCCAUUUAUGUUUCAUGUCAAGCCUGUAUUUUGUCUGUAAACUGCGAUGAGCGGACUACAAGACACAAUUAUGAGUUGUUUAAGUGACCUUUUUAUCAAGAAAGUUUAGAAUGCUAAGUGUUUUCAUGUAAAACUCAAUGACUCAAAUAAAGCACUAAACAAAAAGUUA